AUGAUAUGCAGCUUCAUCAGCUCGGAGAUAAGCACGGUAGAUGGCGCCGGCGAUGACACUGAAUUCGCAGUCUGCGGGCUCUUCCCGAGUCGUAGGACGGACCCAAGCUCUCGUACCCUCAUAUCUAACAGGGCACAUGAGACUUCGUCCUUUGCCGAGAGCUGCGCCUUGGCUAUCUGCGUUUCGGGGCUUACACCGCUAUCGGGCAGUAAAUCAAAUCACAUUUAUCGACCUGUGGUUCUGGGGAUUAGACUUAAGUAUGGGUCUAAAGACGGAAUCCGACUUGAGCUGGCAGAACUCUGGGAUCGGCGAUACAUCAACGUCAGCCUCCUUCGCAGCUGGCUCGCGAGCUGUCAGGACUACCACGGACCCAAAUGCAACGAGCCCUUGACAGAAUCAAGACUCCCUGCCGGGUUCCGCGUAAUAGACACCAAAUGUAGGCGGAUUGUCCAGCCAAAGACCCAGGUUGCCUCUGUAGCAUUGAGUUAUACGUGGCGGCUUGCAACUGCUUCAGCGGAUCGAGACCUUCAUUUGACGACGUCAAACGCAGAAAAGUUGAACCGGACUGAUUCUCUUGUGGCGGAUCUGCUGCCGGAAGUAGUUGGGGACGCCAUCCACUUGUGCCGGAACAUGGGCCAGCGAUACCUCUGGGUUGAUCGCUUGUGCAUCCUGCAGGACGAUGAAGAUCUCAAGAUGGCACAGAUCAACGCUAUGAACGACAUUUACCAACUCGCAGAAUUCACCAUUGUUGCAGCUGCGAAUGGUGUUGGUGUUGGGCUACCCGGUCUCACUACGCGGCCCAACAUUUCCACUCACAAGAACCAUUGCUGGCAAUUCAUUAAGCACGUGCCUAAAGCAGUCGAGGGUACGACAUCGGGCGGGAACUCUGCCAUGGAACAUGCCGUUGUCGGGAUAGCCCCUCUCAGCGAGAACCAGGUCAUCAGCUCCAGCGAGUGGAACUCGAGAGCAUGGACAUUUCAGGAGAAGCUGCUCUCCCGGCGGCACAUCUUCUUCAGCUCCGGGCACGUCUACUUCAGCUGCUUCCACGAGGGCUCUGAGCUUCAUAGGUACCCGGACAUCAGGCACUACCGACCACAGGAGGAACCAGAGACUGCCGGCGUCACAAGGACAGGUCAAGACCGGGGUGGAAGAGGUUUCGAAAAGGGCCUCCGAUCCGAUGAGUACAGCGAUGACGGGGUCCUCGGAUUUUACCCGCUUCUAGUGGACCAGUAUAAGUCAAAGCACCCACUUAUGGGCCCCCCCCCCUUUUGGGCCCCCCAAUAA